AUGAGUUGCCUCAGUUGGAACUGUCAGGGGCUUGGGAACCCCCAGACAGUUCAUGAAUUGCACCUUCUGGUGCUUAAAAAGUCCCCAGCAUUUGUGUUCCUUAUGGAAACAAAGUGCAGAAGAAACAGAAUUGAAAGCCUCAAAAACAGUCUUAAGCUAGAUAAUAGCUUUGUAAUUGACUAUAAAGGAAUGAGGGGUGGAGUGGCAUUCCUUUGGAGAGAUGAAGUGGAAGCUGUAGUGCACACUUACACUCAACACCAUAUCUCUCUUAUGGUGAAGGGAGCUAAGGGGGGAAAGGAGUGGUUAUUGACUGGCUUUUAUGGCAAUCCCAAUACCAGUAGAAGGAAGGAAAGUUGGCAGUUCCUCCAAGCUAUUAAACCAGGAAGUCCCAUAGGGUGGGUGUGUGUUGGGGAUUUUAAUGAAAUACUCAACUUUAAUGAAAAAUGGGGAGGAGCCUUAAGACCUAAAGCUCAGAUUGAAGAUUUUAGAGCUGCGGUUGAUGCAUGUGGUCUAUGUGAUAUGGACUUUAUAGGAAACAAAUUCACGUGGAAUAAUGGAAGAUGUGGUGGAGCCUUUACCAAAGAAAGAUUGGAUAGAGCUUUUUGCAAUUCCAAUUGGAGUGAGAUCUACCCAAGCUCAAGUGUUAGCACCCUUUCUGCCUUGUGUUCAGACCAUUGCCCAUUGCUAGUCAGGUUUGAGGGGAGCCAGGAUCAUAGGACACAAAGGGACAAACCAUUUCGCUUUGAAGCACAUUGGGCCAUGAGAAAUGGUUGUCAACACCUGAUGGAGGAAAUCUGGCAAAACAACAAAGUUUCAGGAAAUAAAGUGAAUGAUCUUAAAGAGGGGCUGAGCAAAUGCAAACAAAAACUUCUGCAAUGGGAUAAAAGAAUGAAGGGCAAUUCCAAACAACAAUUAUCAGAGAAUAUGACACUUUUGGAUGAUCUUCAAAAAAAGAACAAGGGUCAUCUUAAUGAGCAAGUUAAGCAGGUUCAGAAGGCUAUAAACAACCAAUUGGAGGAAGAUAACCUCAGAUGGAAGCAAAGAGCUAAGCAAAAGUGGUUGAGAGAAGGUGACAGAAAUACCAGAUUCUUUCAUCAAAGUGCCUCAUUCAGAAGAAGAAACAACAACAUCAAAAAGUUAGUGAACGAUGAAGGACAGGAAGUGUAG